UUUUAGAACCCUAAAAAGAAAGACUAAACAACAGGAAAAAGAAAAGACUAAAAUUGUGAUAAAGACCUAACUGGGUUCUCUUGGUUACAAACUCCUCCCCGUCUGAUUCUGCAACAAUGAGUGGGAAAUCCCUGCUCUUAAAGGUCAUUCUCUUGGGUGAUGGUGGAGUUGGGAAAAGCUCACUUAUGAACCGUUAUGUAACCAAUAAAUUUGACUCCCAAGCUUUUCACACCAUAGGGGUAGAGUUUUUAAACCGUGAUCUGGAAGUAGAUGGACGCUUUGUAACCCUCCAGAUCUGGGACACUGCAGGGCAGGAACGUUUCAAGAGCCUUAGGACGCCCUUCUACAGGGGAGCAGACUGCUGCCUCUUGACCUUCAGUGUGGAUGACCGGCAGAGCUUUGAGAACCUUGGCAACUGGCAGAAAGAAUUCAUCUACUAUGCAGAUGUGAAGGACCCUGAGCACUUCCCCUUUGUAGUUCUGGGUAACAAGGUAGACAAAGAGGACAGACAAGUGACUACUGAGGAGGCUCAAGCCUGGUGCAUGGAGAAUGGGGAUUACCCUUAUCUAGAAACGAGUGCCAAAGAUGAUACUAAUGUGACAGUGGCCUUUGAAGAAGCUGUCAGGCAGGUGUUGGCUGUAGAGGAGCAGUUGGAGCAUUGCAUGUUAGGUCAUACCAUUGACUUGAACAGCGGUUCCAAAGCAGGAUCUUCAUGCUGUUAAAAGUAGGGAGCCUUUUAAAAAGUGUGCCCUACAUUAGUCAGUCGAUAGUGUAAGAACAACCGUGCCCCUCUGAGGGUACACACACAAAAAAAGGGUAAGAGAUAAGGUUGUGCCUGUGAAGGAGACUUUCAAAUUGAAGUUGUAGAAUGAUU